AUCUGGGUGGCUGUAACCCUGGCCCUCUUGGCUUCCCUCUUCCUGACUCUGAUGCUGAUUGUCAUCCGCAAAUACAGGCAGAACUCCAAAUUCAACAAUAACAACACUAAGGUGCUGGGCAGUGAGGAGGAUCCCGGAGUCUCGCUGCAUUUCAUGAACAUGGGGGUUGGUUCCGGCUCUGUUGUGACUGGAAGUCUGGAGGGAGUGAAGUGCCACACCAUCGAGAAUCCACAGUACUUCUGCUUCCCAGCCGUUCAGCACAUUAAGCGGCGAGACAUUGUGCUGAAGUGGGAGCUCGGAGAGGGGGCAUUUGGGAAAGUAUUCCUCGCCGAAUGUGACAAUCUGAGUCCUGAGCAGGGCCGCAUGUUGGUGGCUGUCAAGGCCCUGAAAGAGGCGACAGACAGUGCCCGCCUUGACUUCCAGCGAGAGGCCGAGCUCCUCACAUUCCUGCAGCACGAGCACGUUGUCAAAUUCUACGGUGUGUGCACUCAGGGAGAACCUCUCAUCAUGGUCUUCGAGUACAUGAAGCACGGUGAUCUCAACCGCUUCUUACGAUCACAGGGCCCCGAUGCUACCAUCUUGACCAGUGGCAGGGACCAACCCUUCGGACAACUCAAACUGCCUCAGCUGCUGAACAUAGCCAAGCAGAUUGCCUCUGGAGUGAUGUACCUGGCGUCGCUGCACUUUGUACACAGAGACCUGGCCACCAGGAACUGCCUGGUCGGUGAAGGGAUGGUGGUGAAGAUUGGAGAUUUCGGCAUGUCCCGCGACAUCUACAGCACCGACUACUAUAGGGUUGGAGGGCGGACUAUGCUCCCAAUUCGCUGGAUGCCCCCGGAGAGCAUCGUGUACCGGAAGUUCACCACCGAGAGCGAUAUCUGGAGUUUCGGAGUGGUGCUGUGGGAGAUCUUCACGUACGGCAAACAGCCCUGGUACCAACUCUCCAACAACGAGGCCAUCGAGUGCAUCACGCAGGGUCGGGAGCUGGAGUGUCCGAGGACCUGUCCCAAGGAGGUGUACAACAUCAUGCAGGGCUGCUGGCCGAGAGAGCCUCAUCAACGGCUCCGCAUCAAAGAAAUCCACAGCCAGCUGGAGAACCUGGCCAAAUCCCCUCCAGUCUACCUCGACAUCUUGCAGUAA